ACUGCACCCGUUGCACAGAUUAUGCUGCACAGCCUUUAUGGUCAUUUGUAUGGGUGCGUUUUUCGGCAGAUUGAUGCAAUCCCUUGUCGCGACCGGUCCGCUGCACGUUGCCUACAAAAGAAGGGCGUUGAUGGUCCAUCAUCCUACCCCAUCACGUUUCCUAUCCCUUCAUCCCGUUGUCUUCGUUGUCCUAAAAUCGCGGGUGCACAUCCCAAGCAAUGUCUCUCGAUAGCCAAGGCAUCCUCGCAGCAGUAACUCUCGUCAUCUAUCUCCCAAUACUCUUUCUCGCGGUCCGCAUCGCGAUCAAAUAUGGACUCCAAAAUUGCUGGGUACUUCUCAUCAUAUUUAGUUUGAUACGGAUCAUCGGAGGGGCGUUACUAGUAGCUGCCGAAGAAAUAACGCCGGCUGUGACUGGCCUCUAUAUUGGAGGAUAUGCCUUGGAGGCAUCUGGUUUAUCACCGCUAUUAUUGUCCACCCUCUCGUUGUUGCAGCAAACGACACAGACUCCGGAUGGACAGUUGAGAUAUGGCCGCGUCUUCAGGUUACUGCACUUGGUGGGAAUGGGUGCCUUGGCUUUGACCAUCGCCGGCAUCUCAAUCAGCUCGUCAUCGGGAACUACUAUGCGUCGUGUAGGUGUACUUCUUUUUGCUGCGCUGUGCAUCAUACUUGUCGUCGGUGCCCUUGCCCAAUGGGCUAAAAAGCAACAGGUCAUGAAAUACCGCAAACAGCUCUUGAUCGCUAUUUCGGUUGCUUUACCCUUCCUUGCCGUCCGCACACUAUACAGUGUGCUCUCCACGUUCUCGUCGAGUACAUUCAUCGUCACAGACUCGACGACGACGACCACUACGUCAGAUGGCGCCCUUGCCAAAUUCAACUUGGUCACUGGCGAAUGGCAGAUAUUCUUCGCAAUGGACAUGCUCAUGGAAUACAUUUGCGUACUUAUUUACGUUUUCGCGGGCUUGAAGCUGAAGCUGGACCAAGACUAUGAGCUGCAGGACCAUGAUGAAUACCCGCUUUACCACUCCAAACCCUACUAGAGCUUGUAACAUUACGACCUUGCAGAGCAUUACGACGAUUCGAUGGCCGACGACCAUACCAUACAUUGUAAAUGUUACUGUCACUAGGGAUAACAUAUAUAUUUGUUUUAUGUAGUAGAGGAUAUCCGUCAGCGAUGUCAGAGCUGCAGAGUCAAGCCCUUCCCAUGCUGCCUCUAAGGGCAGUCGCCAACGGGUCUGGGAAGCGCUCCGGCUUAGUUGAGCUCCUUGGACUGUCCGUCUUCCCUCCAAACUGCAUACCCGUAGCCAUGCGCAACGUUGCUGGCAGAGAGUUGCUCCGUUUCCUAUGCCCGAAGCCGA